UGUGGGUAAAUCAGUACUUAUAUGUAGACUAAUGUAGUUAGUAGAAACUUCCUCCAGAUAGAAACUUUUAUUCAAGAAAGCUGUGUGCUGUGUGUGACAGUGUGUCCCUUCUCAACGAACACACACCUUAAAGGUAAAUAAGUAAGAACGUAGUGGUAAGCGUUACUCGUGAUCUCGUACACUCGUGUUUGGAGCUCCACUUCACGUCGUUUGCUGGAUUUACUACGUAUCCCGAAAGUGAGCAACGAAAUGUCGAUCGAGCGGAGUUCCAACCAGGAAUUGAACGAGAAACAGGAUGCAAAACCGCAGUCCGACACGAAUCUACCUUUUCGUCAUGCGGACGACGACCGUGUUUCUCUGGGAAAGAAGUUCUCCGUGGAGGAUAAAGCUCUAGCUAGACGCUUUUCAGGUGGAUUCGCGGCUCUGCAGGCUGACAGUGUAGUAGAGAACCUCGUGAAGGCAUUCCUCGGUGUCAACAAACGCGUGCUGUGGAAGCCGAAUGGGAAGCAGUUGUUGGCUGUCUGUGAGGGAUACGGCCUGGACGUCUUUGCCUUGCGCGGCAAGAAACUGCCAGAUUUGACGGCUUUGUGGGCAGCAGCUUUGAUGCGGGAGGCAGCAACAUUUCUUGCUCCCAUUUGUUCAGGGUUCGAUCUUCCCCUGGUUACCAUGCACCGGAAGCUGGGAAGCGCCAAGAAUAUGACUCCCGAACAACACCGGGCGUAUUUGGAGACCUUAGACGUGGAGUCACUGCUGCAUAACACGCGUGCUAUCCUGGACCGUUACGCUGUUCACGGCCCGUCUUUCGACUACGACUGGUUGGUGGAAUACCUGAAGAUGUUGAGCAUUCUGUUCCCGAAAUGUGCCGGCUACGACGUGGUGGAGGACCUUGGUGAAUUUUUCGACAUCGAGCUGGAUUACGGGGCCGUUGUGACGUCGGGUUGCAAUCCCAAAGUGGUGCUGAUCAUCAAAGGGUUCCUGGGCCGUUGGCGGGGGAUGGAGAGGAUUGGUGAACACCACCAAGAGCUGCACGUGUGGGACAUGUCUAAGAAAAUGCGGGCUGACGGAGUCGCAUGUUUCCCUGAGCGCUUGUUCUGGCUGUGUUUCCGUGGGGUGCACUGUGGCUGUGGAUGGCAAGAGGGAGAGGCGCUUUCCCAACGCUUCUGGCCACAUGAAGACGAUAUUUACCACGAUGUGCGCAAGGAGGAUUCCGUUAAAGUGCUGUGUAACUUUGUACGGUUAGUUCUGGAUAGAAUGAUGCAGUGUGGCAGGGGCGCAGUUGUCGAUUCUGUUAAGUAGUGGGACAAAUAAUGAGAUUUACGUGUUCGCAUGUAUUUGUUUUGUAUUAGUGCGUUCUACGCUGAACAAAUGGCGGCGACCUGCAAUGACAUAAUCGAGUUAAAACAUGAACUCCCGGCUCUACA